ACGGGGGUGUGGGCCGCGUCCCGGCGGAAGCGUGAGGGACCGAGCAGGGACCAGCGGCUGGCGGCGGCGGGAGCGGGGCUGGCGCCGCAGGAGCAGACGUGCCGCAGGGCGGGGGACACGGCUGUCACCACGGAGUCUGCCAGCAGCAACACCGCGGCGGCCACCGCCGCUUCGCGGGCCGCGGGCGCCGGGGACCAGGCAACCUCGCUGCCCCCGCCCAGGAUGCAGCGCAGGAAGAGGAACGCGGGCAGCAGCUCGGAUGGGACGGAGGACUCAGAUUUCUCCACGGACCCCGAGCACACGGACAGCUCCGAGAGCGACGGCACCUCCCGGAGAUCCGCCCGUGUCACCCGCUCCUCGGCCCGCCUCAGCCAGAGCUCACAGGACUCCAGCCCGGUGCGGAGCGCGGCGCCGUUCGGGCCGGACGAGCCGGUGUACUCCACGCGCAGGGUGACCCGCAGCCAGCAGCAGCCAGCUCCUGUCACCCCCAAGAAAUACCCGCUGCGCCAGACCCGCUCCUCGGGCUCCGAGACCGAGCAGGCCGUGGACUUCUCGGACAGAGACACCAAGAACGCGGCCGAGCACGACGAGUCCCCGCCGCGCACGCCCACGGGCAACGCGCCCUCCUCGGAGUCGGACAUCGACAUCUCCAGCCCCAACGUGUCCCACGACGAGAGCCUGGCCAAGGACAUGUCCCUGAAGGACUCGGGCAGCGACCUCUCGCACCGGCCCAAGCGCCGCCGCUUCCACGAGAGCUACAACUUCAACAUGAAGUGUCCCACGCCCGGCUGCAACUCCCUGGGACACCUGACCGGGAAGCACGAGCGCCACUUCUCCAUCUCGGGGUGCCCUCUGUACCACAACCUCUCAGCAGAUGAGUGCAAGGUGCGAGCACAGAGCCGGGACAAGCAGAUUGAGGAGAGGAUGCUGGCCCACAGGCAGGAUGACAACAACAGGCACGCCACCAGGCACCAGGCCCCCACAGAGAGGCAGCUGCGCUACAAGGAGAAGGUGGCUGAGCUCAGGAAGAAGAGGAACUCAGGGCUCAGCAAGGAGCAGAAAGAGAAAUACAUGGAGCACAGGCAGACCUAUGGCAACACCAGGGAGCCUCUCCUGGAGAACCUGACCAGCGAGUACGACCUGGAGCUGUUCCGCAGGGCCCAGGCCCGCGCCUCCGAGGACCUGGAGAAGCUGAGGCUGCAGGGGCAGAUCACCGAGGGCAGCAACAUGAUCAAGACCAUCGCGUUCGGGCGCUACGAGCUGGACACGUGGUACCACUCGCCCUACCCCGAGGAGUACGCGCGCCUGGGCCGCCUCUACAUGUGCGAGUUCUGCCUCAAGUACAUGAAGAGCCAGACCAUCCUGCGCAGGCACAUGGCCAAGUGUGUCUGGAAGCACCCGCCGGGGGACGAGAUCUACCGCAAGGGCUCCAUCUCUGUCUUCGAGGUGGAUGGCAAGAAAAACAAGAUCUACUGUCAGAACCUGUGUCUGCUGGCAAAGCUUUUCCUGGACCACAAAACCCUUUAUUAUGAUGUGGAACCCUUCCUCUUCUACGUCAUGACAGAGGCUGACAACACUGGCUGCCACCUGAUCGGGUAUUUCUCCAAGGAGAAGAAUUCCUUCCUCAACUACAACGUGUCCUGCAUCCUGACCAUGCCCCAGUACAUGAGACAAGGCUAUGGCAAAAUGCUCAUUGACUUCAGCUAUUUGCUGUCUAAGGUAGAGGAGAAGGUUGGCUCCCCAGAGCGUCCCCUGUCCGACCUGGGCCUGAUCAGCUACAGGAGCUACUGGAAGGAGGUUCUGCUGCGGUACCUGCACAACUUCCAGGGCAAGGAGAUCUCCAUCAAAGAGAUCAGCCAGGAGACCGCUGUGAACCCCGUGGACAUCGUCAGCACCCUGCAGGCCCUGCAGAUGCUCAAGUACUGGAAGGGCAAACACCUGGUCCUCAAGAGACAGGACCUGAUUGAUGAGUGGAUCGCCAAGGAGGCCAAGAGGUCCAACAGCAACAAGACCAUGGAUCCCAGCUGCCUCAAGUGGACCCCUCCCAAGGGCACCUAGGUGUCCCCAGCAGAGGAGGAUGCGUGUGCUGGGCUCUGCAGUGUCCCCAGGGCGGGUCACCGGCCUGGCCUGGCCUGGCCCCGUGUCCCCACAGUUCUGAGGAACUCGGCAGUUUCGGCCUCAGUGAGGCCGCGAGGACUGGAGGGCUCUGGGCGCCCCAGGGAGCUGAGGAGCUGUGGCUGCUGGGCCUGUCCCUGUCCCUGCUGUCCUGCUCUGUCCCUCUGUCCCUCCUGGGCUCAGCCCUGGCCCUGGGACAGCGCUGGAAAUGCUUCUGUGGGGCAGCCCUGCUGGCACUGCUCUGCCCCAUGCCUGCAAUAGCUGUAGUGGCAUCCUUGCCCCUCUCCCAGCAGUUUUCCCUAGGACCCAGCAGAUCUUCACUUAGUUCCUCUUGUACAGCCAGAAUUGCACUUCCUGCACCUGAGGGAGUCCCUGGGUGUCCCUGCCACCCCUCCUGGAGCCACCACAGCCCUGCUGGAAGCACCUCUGGAUAGAAUUCCCAUUUUUUCCUGGUGUGUAUCUCGUGGAAUUGCUGAGUUCCUGUACAUAAAGCACCUGCUGAGUGUA